GGCCCACUCAUUACCAUGUUUUAUAUUCCCUGCAGCCCUCCGAAAGCAUCAUGGCAAAUUAGCUCCAGCACUGCCCUCAACAGGGAAGUGAACCAGCCUCUCCGAGCAGGUGUCAACAGGAGGAAAUACUACCGCACACACAGUGGAGCCGAGAGGAAGGAGAACCGCUACACUUUGUUUAAAUGCGGUGUAGGCUGUUCCCCCUCUAAACCCCCCAUCCUUUUUUAAAUAUUCUCAGUUUUUGCUUAUAGCGGGGGUCCAACUUUUUAAUGUUUUCCAACAUGGUAUCCAAGCUGACAUCCCUUCAGCAGGAGCUUCUCAGCGCCUUACUGGACUCUGGAGUUACCAAAGACCUUCUGAUCCAGGCUCUGGACGACAUGCACCCCAGUCCGGCCCCCGGGUCCUACGGAGUUAAACUGGAGAAUCCUUUGCACAUGAGCUCUCCUCCGAGCUCCAAGAUGAACGGCAGCGACUCGGACUCCAAGCCCGUGUUCCACACGCUCACCAACGGGCAUAGUAAGGGCAAGCUGUCCGGGGACGAGGGCUCCGAGGACGGGGACGACUUCGACACCCCUCCGAUCCUGAAGGAGCUGCAGUCGCUGAACACCGAGGAGGCGGCGGAGCAGAGGGCGGAGGUUGACCGUAUGUUGGCCGAGGACCCGUGGCGCGCGGCCCGCAUGAUCAAAGGUUACAUGCAGCAGCACAACAUUCCGCAGCGCGAGGUAGUGGACGUCACGGGGCUCAACCAGUCGCAUCUCUCCCAGCACCUCAACAAGGGCACGCCCAUGAAGACGCAGAAGCGAGCAGCGCUGUACACCUGGUAUGUCAGGAAACAGCGGGAAAUUCUCAGACAGUUCAACCAGGCGGUACAAGGCUCCGGCAGCAACAUGUCAGACAAAGGGAACCAGGACCCCGUGUUCUUCUUCCCCGAGUUCAACCCGUCGGGCCCGGGCUUGGGCCAAUCGGGGGAGGACUUGGGCAGCGAGCCGUCCUGCAAGAAGAUGAGGCGCAACCGCUUCAAGUGGGGGCCGGCGUCCCAACAGAUCCUCUACCAGGCCUACGAGAGGCAGAAGAACCCCAGCAAGGAGGAGAGGGAGGCCCUGGUGGAGGAGUGUAACAGGGCUGAGUGUCUACAGAGGGGCGUGUCCCCGUCGAAGGCCCACGGCCUGGGCUCCAAUCUGGUCACGGAGGUGCGCGUGUACAACUGGUUCGCCAACCGUCGCAAGGAGGAGGCCUUCAGGCAGAAGCUGGCCAUGGACGCCUACCACACGCCCACACACAGCCUCACCACCAUGCUGUCCCACGCCUCGCCACACCACCCCCAGAACAGCGCGUCCCCUCCAAUGCGCUACAGCCAGGGUCCCGGUGAGGUCAGUUCCUCCACCACCAUCAGCCACCACAACAGCAACAUGUCCACCAGCCACUCAGUGCUGCAGCAGGUGUCUCCGGGCGGGCUGGACCCCAACCACAGCCUGCUGUCCCCCGACUCCAAGAUGAUCUCAGGAUCAGGCGGAGGCCUUCCACCCGUGAGCACGCUAACCAACAUCCACAACUCACAUCACACACACCAACACAACCUCAUCAUGCCUCUGUCUGGGAGUGUCAUGGCCAUCGCACAGAGUCUAAACACGUCCCAGUCCCAAUCGGUACCGGUGAUCAACAGCGUGGCGGGCAGCCUGGCAGCGCUGCAGCCCGGCUCCCAGUUCUCCCAGCACCUCCACAGCAGUCACCAGCAGAGUCUGAUGCAGCACUCUCCCAGCCACAUGGGCCAGCAGCCCUUCAUGGCCACCGUCACACACUCACACAUGUACCCCCAUAAGCAGGAGCCCCCCCAGUACUCCCACCCCUCACGUUUCCCCUCAGCCAUGGUGGUCACAGACGGCAACAGCCUCAGCACACUCAGCUCUAUGGCGUCCGGCAAACAGGAUGCUUCAGGAAACAAGAUGGUGCAAAUCGGGGGGCUGUCCUGGUGUCCGCUCCAGGCCUGGUGACGGUGUGCACCUGACUUCAUUGGCGCCGGGCAACCGGAGCAAAUUUUUCCGUCCUCUCCCUGCGGUUACCGUGACAACCCUUAAUAACGGGCCAACCGUAUUCUGGACUGGUGACUCGGUCAACAAGAGGAGGAGUGGCGGUUAGAGGUCAGGGGAUGAAGCGAAAGAAGAAGAAGAAGAAGAAGAAGUCUCCCGCAACAACAGACUCACUCCAGAUGGUCAUGGACACGCAUGUCUCUCAGUGAGAAGGCUGGCUUCCCUCCUUCGUCAAGCAAAAAGAACCGAAAAGAACGAUCAACAACAAUGCACAAGAUUAUUUUUUAAACUACAAUCUUUGCAAAAGACAGUAUUCAUGUCCUGUGUCCACCCCCUCCCCUCUUCAGAGAUAAGGGGAGUCAGUCCCGUCACGAAGGAACAAAAGACAAUCAGGGAAAGCCUGCUGAAUGAAACCUGUGAACUCUGUGGUGCAGGGCUGAAACGGAGGCUCCACAAAGCCAUGUUACACUGGGAUUUGAUGUGUAAUCAUGCAGUUAAGACAUCAUCCGUCAGGAGUAAAGUCCGGUUCCCUCCCCAGGGCUUUUGAAGACCCAAGGCGGUCUCCUUCAAGGAGACUUGCUAUCCUGCUGAAGUCCUGGGAACUGUGCCAGUCAGUGUGCUUCUCUGGCCCUGUAUAUGCGUCACCGGCUUCAAACACCUGCAGAACAGUGCGACAAUCAUAAUGACCGACAGCCGGGACACCUGUAGUGAUUCUUUUUUUAAUGCUAUUUCAUAUUAUUAUUCAUGCAGAGUCUUCCAUGUUUAUAUUUUCACUUUUCGAUUUGCCAUGCUAAUUUCAGUGCAGGUAAUAUGAGCAUUUUAUAGUCUAAAGGAUUUCAUUGUAGUGAGUUGAUGGCUGUGAGAGUGUGUGUGUGUGUGUGUGUGUGUGUGUGUGUGUGUGUGUGUGUGUGUGUAUAAUACUGUGAUUGAAAGAUUCAGACAAUCUUGAAAACUUUGAAGGACUAUGCAAUGUUUAUGUAAAGUUUGAGACGUUUCUUGUUCAACUGGAUGGCAAACGGUCCCCCACAAACUUGAGACUUGAUAUGCACUAUCGGUAAAAUGACCAGCAGCUAUUUCAGUUGGUGAUGAUGAAGCUGCCCUCAAAAACAGAACUCUGACAACCCACCCUCUGCUAGCGGUCCAUAGAUGACAUUAUUGAGACUUUA